AUGGCUCGCAACCGAUCCGCCGGCCGUGCCCCCGUCUCCCGCGCUCCUACGCGCCCUACCGCUCCCGCUCCCGCUCCCCAGCAGCAAAGGCCUGCCGCCACCAUGGCUGCUCCUCCCCCAAUGCAGGCCCAGGCUCCUCCUAUGCAGGCUCCCGUCUCUCAGGGCCCCGGCCUGUUCGGACAGAUGGCCAGCACCGCUGCUGGUGUCGCCAUUGGCUCCUCCGUCGGCCACGCCAUCGGUGGCCUCUUCAGCGGCGGCUCCUCCGAGCCUGCUCCCGCUCCCCAGCAACAGGUCCAGGCGGCCCCCGCACAGCAGGAGAACUCGUGGGCUCAACAGAACAACUGCUCCGGCGCCGCCCAGUCGUUCACCCAGUGCAUGGACGACAACAAUGGCAACAUGCAGAUCUGCAACUGGUACCUCGAGCAGCUGAAGGCCUGCCAGACUGCCGCCAAGAACUACUAG